AUGAGACCUGGGCUUUUCUUCCAUUCAUUUGUAUUCUUGAAGCUUCUUUGCUUGAUGGCAUCGAGGGUGCCAGUGAUUGGUUCUGGUUAUGUAAUGGUAGACUCUUGUGUUUUAACUAUAAUCGCUGCUGAAUCGCUGAUAUUUAAGAUACUUCUAUUUCAAAAUCAAAAGCUUGUUCAAAAGUUAGAGGCUCAGAAGUUUGAGUGUGUUGCUCUUGAGAAUAAAUUUAGUCAGUUGAGGGAGAAACAGCAACAGUAUGAUAACACAUUUGCAGUGGUCAAUAAGUCUUGGGAAGAGCUGGUUGAUGACUUGGUAUCUUGUUCUAUCCGUACAAAGGACUCAUCAUGCCUUGGGAAAGAUGUUGGACACCGAUUAAUUACAGAAGUGCUUCAUGCACAAGUACCUCAAUUUGUGCUUGACACUGCAGUACUUCUAUUUCAAAAUCAAAAGCUUGUUCAAAAGUUAGAGGCUCAGAAGUUUGAGUGUGUUGCUCUUGAGAAUAAAUUUAGUCAGUUGAGGGAGAAACAGCAACAGUAUGAUAACACAUUUGCAGUGGUCAAUAAGUCUUGGGAAGAGCUGGUUGAUGACUUGGUAUCUUGUUCUAUCCGUACAAAGGACUCAUCAUGCCUUGGGAAAGAUGUUGGACACCGAUUAAUUACAGAAGAUGGUUCUUCGUCUCUCCAGGAGGAUGCUUUUCUAAGCCGACUUCUUGAAACAGGUGCAACUGAAAGUACCUGUACUAGCAACUCUCUCAAUCAGAUAGAAGAAGAGAGACAAGAAGCUGGUGAAAAGACCAAAAACUUAUUGCAUAACAUAGUAGCUGCCAUUGAUGACCUGUGGUGUUUGAAGGAUGGAUUGUACACUGCAGUUUUGAAGGCACGUCCAGAAGAUUGUUCCUGCAGGGAAAGGACAUCUAUGGAUUUAGAGGUGGAAGUUAGGAAUCUGAGAUUGGCAAUUGGUAAUAUUCAUUUGAAGCACAAAUCAUUGGUAAGGGAAAUGCAGAUUGCUCGAGAUACUGAUGCGAAAAAUAAAGCUGAUCUUGAGCGUUUGAGAGGGGAAUUGGAAAAUACGCUUGCAGAAUUGGAAGAGAGUAAUUGUAAAUUGGCAACUCUAAAAGCGGAGGGGGAUGUUGCAAAAGGGGCAUUUUUCCCUGUCCUAAAUCUGGUGGGGAGCAAGAAUGUUGCUAGUGAGAGGACAAUUGAUAAAGAAAAAGAUUUGCAAGAUAUGAAGUCUGCACUAAAGGAGUUGUUGGACCAAUCCUGUAGUCGACUAUUUGAACUCAAGAGUCUCCAUGAAGAAAGGAUAGAAAUAUUGAGGCAGUUGUGCAAGUUGCAGAAUACUUUGAAGAAUGUGAAGUGUAUAUCCUCUUCCCAAGCCUACGUCUUGGUAAGAGAUCAACUUGUGAAGGCAAAAGCAGAUGUAGUCCAGUAUCAAGCGCUAUUUGAGAAACUACAGUUCGAGAAAGAUAACCUUGCCUGGAGGGAAAAAGAAAUGAUCCUGAAAAAUGAUUUACUUGACGUCUUUCAUCGAUGUUCUGCAGUUGAUGAUUCUAGAAUAGCUGAGCUGGGAAUAGAGUUACAGAAACGAAUUAAUGAAAGAAAUCUGAUUGAAUCUAAGCUGGAAGAAGCAUCAAAAGAACGUGGCAGGAAAGAAAUUAUUGCAGAGUUCAAGGCUUUAGUUUCUUCAUUUCCUGAGGAAAUGAGCAGCAUGCAGAGUCAACUAAGUAACUACAAGGACGCUGCUGCAGACGUUCAUUCUCUGCGGGCUGAUGUUCGAUCUCUUUCCUGUGUUCUUGAUCGUAAGGCUAAAGACUUAGAAGCCUUAUCUGCUAGAUCAGCGGACCAAAUUACUGAAAUGCAGAAGUUGCAGGCUGUGGUCCAUGAUUUGAAGGAGAGUGAUUUGGAAUUGAAGCUCAUUCUCGAAAUGUAUAAACGUGAAUCCACUGAUUCAAGGGAUGUCCUAGAAGCUAGGAAUUCUGAAUAUAAGGCUUGGGCUCGUGUUCAGAGUCUGAAGUUUUCUCUUGACGAGCACAACUUGGAAGUGCGAGUUAAAACAGCAAUAGAGGCUGAGGCCAUAUCCCAGCAAAGGCUAGCUGCUGCAGAAGCUGAAAUUGCAGACCUGAGGCAGAAGUUGGAAAAUUCCAAAAGGGAGAAGUCCCGACUUUCGGAUGUCUUGAAAUCCAAAAGUGAGGAAAAUGAGGCCUACACAUCAGAGAUAGAAACUAUUGGGCAGGCAUAUGAUGAUAUGCAAACUCAGAACCAGCAGCUUUUGCAGCAAGUCACAGAGAGGGAUGACUAUAACAUCAAGCUUGUUUUAGAGGGAUUGCGAGCAAGACAGCUGCAGGAUGCUCUACUAAUGGAGAAACGAACUAUGGAAAGGAAAAUUCAGCAAGAUAAUGCGUCUGUUGAUUAUUUUGAAAUGAAAGCUGCAAGGAUGGAAGAUCAGUUAAAGAUGUGCUCAGAUCAAGUUCAGAGGAUUGCACAAGAUAGGGUUCAGAGUUCAUCUAGUUUGGACAAUUUCCAAAAGAAGUUGCUAGAUGUGAGAAAAUCAUCUGAGCAAUUGAGGGAGUCUCUAGAGGAGUCCCAGUCCAAAGUUGGCAAAAGUCGAGCGAGUCUUGCAGAACUGCAGAUCGAGCUUGAGAAUGAGAGGUUUGAGAGGAAAAGAAUAGAAGAAGCGUUAGAAGUUUCGAGGAGAAAGGCUUCACAACUAAGGUCACAGAUUGAGGGAUCAUCAAUAGUUGAAAAGCUUCAACAGGAAGUCAGAGAGUACAGGGAAAUACUCAAGUGCAGUAUUUGCCUUGACAGGCGAAAAGAGACUGUAGCCUUUGCACCAUUAUCAUUUUGGGCAAUGGGGAUGCUUGGGGAAUGGAAGUGGAGGGGUCCAUCUCUCCUCCUAGAAUUUGUAUUGAGGAAAAGCCAGGAUGGCAUUAAAAGAACUUGA